AUGGAAGACGUUGGACAGAACACAUUGGAUGAUGGGCAUGAGAUAGCAGAAAUACCGACUUUAGAAGCCAUAAAACAGAAUCUUAAGUACCUGAACGCGGACCUUGAAAAAGAUCUACAGAGGAUGGACGAGGCCAAUCAGAUUCUUCUCAGAAAGAUUCAAAAGAAAGAAGAAUCUAUAGAAAGUCUUGAAAGAGAUAUUGCCCUGUCCAUAGGAAGAGUCGCAGAGAGGGAUGACUUCAGUGAGAUCAUCACCAAGAAGGAGAAUGCCCUGAAGGAGCUAGAGCUGGAGACAGAAAAACUGGAGAAAAAGAAUAAGACCCUAAGCAAUAAUGUGAUGGAACUUCAGAAGAAGAUUUCAAGAGGCCUUAAGGUUUCUGGCCCUGAUCACGAAAACAUGAAAAAGAAAAUAGAAGAAUUGAAGGUGAAACUACAAAAUUCAACUGAAUCCUGUGCACAACAAGAAAAGGAAAUAUCCAAGAUGGAAAGUGACUACCAAUCUGUAUAUCAGCUCUGCGAAGACCAGGCCCACUAUAUAAAGAAAUAUCAAGAAAUUCUGAGGGAGAUGAAGAAGGAACAAGAAGUGAUACUGCUUGAGAAAGAAAUAUCCAAAGCCCAGAAUGACUCUUCCCAAGUAGUGAAACCUGGGUCGAUUCUGGUAGAGACCAUUCAAAGCAAUAUGGAGAAGAACAUUAUUAAGAAACAGAAGAGGAAGUUUUGGCUUAGGCACUUCCAGUUCUUUCUCUUCAUGAUCAUGGUCUUCGUUCGGUUGCUGGGUUACAUGUUCUUCCACCUGCAGUAUAUAAACCCGGACCUUCUCGUGGACACUCUUCCCGUGCUGAUGAGCAGAAGCAGCCUGAAGUGGCUAAGGGACAUGUUGUUUCCCUUCCUUACUCUAGAGGUGGAAGAUGUGCUACCACAUUAG